CUGUUGCUCCCAAGCUUAGGAGACACAGAUAGCUCAGACAACACACUGGGCUGGGGCAGCAGGGGUAAACAUCUAGGUAACACACAGUAGAUGCAUUACCAAAGAGGAAGACGGAACAAAAUCGCCUGCCACUUCAACUGGACCCCUUCGAAAGAUGAGAGGAGAGAGUAAGAGAAUACGCACAUUGAGAGAAGUCCUCCAUGGAGCUUGAUGGGACUUUAAUGAGUUGCAGCCAAGGAAGACUCUUCCUGCAACCCCGGUCUUCCUUUAAAACCCUUUUGCAUCUUCAACUUUGCUGAAAAAGUGGCAUGGAACACUGCGGAUAUCUCUGAAAGUUUUUCUGAAGGAAAAAAUUAGUAGAGAUUACAAAAUUAUUUGGUCAAGAACUCAAAGCCUUCUUUUCAUUUUAGGGACGUUAAUCAGAGAACAAACUGAAAAAAGACAAGAUAGAUAGAAGGUUUGGUUUCAGAGCUCCUUACCGACCACCCCAUUACUCAUUUAACUUGAAUCUUAGGGUUGGCGAGGGUCGCUAAAGAAGCGAUGGAAUCCACAGAGGGUGCUCAGGAGACAAUAGUAAGCGAGGCUCUGAUUCAGUUCAGGGCCACCUUACAAGCUGCAGUAAGGGAGGUGCACGUGGAUGUAAGUGCUUUCAAGCAGCGCAUAGAGCAGAAGAUUGAGGAGCUGUGCAUUUCCAACGGACCCUUGGCCGGGGCGGUGACCAGGCUGCAGGAGGAGAACCUGCAGCUCAGGGCAAAGCUGGAGGCCCUCAGCCGCCUGGUGGAGGGUCUCGUCGGGGUAAAGGUCGAGAGGGGUCCUGCUGAAGUGAAGGACGCGAAGGAUAGUAUAGAGAAUGGACAUGCACUGAUACAGCCCAAGACCCAGGAAGACCUGACAGGUCUGGUUAAUUCUGGAAGAUCAGAGAACAGCCAGUCAAGUCAGUCCACUUCCACAUACUCUGAACCAUCAGGUUCAAGUGGAGGAUCAAGCCAUGCCGCUGCUGCUGCUGCUGCUCCCAGCAGCUCCCCAGCUCCUCCUCCAUGGAGAGCAAAGAGACAUGCUGAAAUUAACGGCACUGAUGCAAAAGGAGAGAAAAAUGUUGCCACAACUGCACAAGAGAAUGGGAACCAAGAAAGCUCAUCACUGGACUCUGAUGCAGCCCAAUCUGUUGAAGCUGCUCCCCAGUCCCACCGGCCUCUCACCGCCAUCACGUUACCAAACUCAGAGUCUUCGGCCAUAACGAACUCUCUUCAGUCUACCGCGGAAACGCCCAACGUGCCUGACCAGGAAGAAUCAGGUCUUCUGAUCAAACCCCAUCAUCCCCUCACUGCAAUGACAAAAGCCAGCUCCGAAGCGCCUCCUCAGUCUCCUGCCUCUGUUCCCAACGCAACCAAAGAAACUCCAGUAAAAUCAGUAGAGUCUCCUGCUAAAUGUGGUGCUGAAGAACCCCAGCCCCAUCUUCCCAUCACUGCCAUGACAACCAAACCCAGUCCAGAGGGUCUGAUUGCCACCAAACCUGCCCAGUGUCCAGCAUCGGUGCCUAAAGCAGCUGGUCAUUCUACAGCAGAAGCUCCAACUGGGGAAGCAAGGGAACAUGUUUCAAGAGGCACAUCUGGAGCAAAGGAGCUGAGGUCCCAGGUAUCCCAGGAGCAGUCAGGCUCUGUAUCUCAGGCUUUGGCCCAUCUUCCUCUCACAGCUGUGUCCAAAAGCAGCUCUGAGAUUUCAAUACCAGAAUCCCAGACGAUAAAGCCAGGCGGAUAUCCAUUCAGACGCGACGCCACUGAACCCAAGCCACACUUGGCUGUCUCUGCCAUGACCACACCCAACACAGAGUCUUCAUCAUCUGCUAUAACAGCUCAGUCCCCAAGUCUUUCAGCAUCACAGGAAUCAGUAAAACCUGGGGAAUAUCCCUUUAAGCGGGUACCAAUUCUCAAGACACCCAGUCCCAGUCUAAAGAGAAGUGUGAGCUUUCCUCAGCCUGCAGAAAAAUUACUUCCCUCCAAAUCAGUCAUAAAAUCUGGUUUCUCACCUAAUUUGGACAAGAAAGUGAACAAGGCAGGGGGGGUUGAGUUUAAGCAGGAUGUGAUGAAAUCACAAACGCUUCCACGCUCCAAUGGGGCUCAGGCCAAACGGGCCCUCUUUGAGAGGAUGAACUCAGAGCCUACAAAACCAAAGGAUUCCAAGCCUAAACUGAAGCGCUCUCAGAGUUUUGGAGUGUCCAGUGCCAGCGGUAUAAAACAGAUUCUCUUGGAGUGGUGCCGCUCAAAAACCAUUGGCUAUCAGAACAUAGAUAUCCAGAACUUCUCGUCCAGCUGGAGUGAUGGGAUGGCUUUCUGUGCUCUGGUCCACUCUUUUUUCCCUCUGGAGUUUGAUUACAACACGCUGGAACCUGCAAACCGCAAACACAACCUCCAGCUGGCCUUCACCACCGCAGAGGAGCAGGCUGACUGUCUCCGUCUGAUCGAGGUGGAGGACAUGAUGCUUAUGGGGGAAAAGCCAGAUCCCAUGUGUGUGUUUACAUACGUCCAGUCCCUCUACAACCACCUGAAGAAGUUUGAAUAACUCUGUAUCAGAGUAGAUUACAAAGCCUAGAUGUUAUUAACCACAGUGUGUCAUGAACACUUUGAAUGAGCAGACUAAUUAGCCUCAAACAAAUAGGAAAUCACUGUUGUUCAAAUCACAUAAACAACAACUUUAGCGUUUGACAAAUAUUUUUCUCUGCCAAAUAAAUAUGUUGAUCAGUUUUAUACUGUAUGUGUGUAUUCACCCUAUUUUCUUCAGAAUGCAUAAUGGACUGACACUGAUUCUUAAAAUGCAGUUUCUUAUGACAUGUAUUGUGAGGUGUGUUGCUGUAUUUACAAAAGGGAGGUUGGUUUUUGUGUACUUCUCAAAUCAGUAACAAAGAUGGGAAGAUUACCUCUCAGUUAAAAAAAUAUAUGAUAGUUUGUAAUAACUGCUGUUGCUGUAAAUUGAGUCCUGCCUGAGUCUUGUGACAAAAUAAAGCAGUUUUCUAAUA